UAUGGCUGCAGAGACCACUGCUCAGAUGGAAGCUGAGAAAUCCGAGUUGGCAGACCAAGUGGGGACACUGCAGGACACAGUGCGGGACCUGAGGAAAGGGCUGGGUCAGGCUCAGGCUGAAUGCGAUGAGCUAAAAAACGCAUGUGCACAAAAGCGAGAAGCUCAAGUUCAGACGGAGAAUGAUGAGCUGAAGGAGAAGUUAAAACUCUCUGAAGCUUUAUUAAUCGAGUAUGAGCGAGAUCGAGAGGCUUGGAACCUCCUGCAGGUUGAGUAUGAGGAGAUGAAGGAGACUCUGAUGCACGAUGAGGAGCAACUGAAGUUCUCCCUGGCUGAGGCAGAGGAGGAGCUUCAGAAUGCUGCAGAGACCACUGCUGAGAUAGAAGCCGAGAAAUCUGAGUUGGCAGACCAAGUGGGGAUGCUGCAAGACACAGUGGAGGACUUGAGGAAACUUCUGUGUCAGGCUCACACUGAAUGCGAUGAGCUAAAAAACGAGAGUGCGCAAGAGCGAGAGUCUCACAGUAUUGUUCAGGGAGAGAAUGAUGAGCUAAAGAAGAAGUUAAAACUCUCUGAAGCUUUACUAAUCGAGUAUGAGCGAGAUCGAGAAGCUUGCAACCUUCUGAAGGUUGAGUAUGAGGAGAUGAAGAAGACUCUGACACACAAUCAAGAGUUAUUGAAUGUUUCACUGCUUAAGGCAGAUGAGAAGCUGCAGAAGGCUGCAGAGACCACUCCUCAAUCUGAGCUGUCAGACCAACUGGGGACAUUGGAGGACACAGUUCAGGACCUGAGGAAACAGCUGCGUCAGGCUCACACUGAGUGUGACGAGCUAAAACACGCGAGCGCAAAAGAGCGGGAGACUCACAGCAUCGUCCAGGCAGAGAAUGAUGAUCUGAAGGAGAAGUUAAAACUCUCCGAAGCUUUAAUAAUAGAGUAUGAGCGAGAUCAAGAGGCUUGCAACCUCCUGCAGGUUCAGUAUGGGAAGCUGAAGAAGACUCUAAGCCAUAAUGAGAAGUUACUGAAGGAGAGCGCACAAGAGCGAGAGGUUUACAGCAUCGUCCAAGCAGAGAAUGAUGAGCUGAAGGAGAAGUUAAAACUCUCUGAAGCUUUAUUAAUGGAGUAUAAGCAAGAGCGGGAGGCUUGCAACCUCCUUCCAUCAGAGAAUGAGGAGGUGAAGAAGACUCACAUUGAGGAGUUACUGAAGGUCUCACUGGUUGAGGCAGAGAAGGAGCUACAGAAUUCAGAGACCCCUGCUCAAAUGGAAGCUGAGAAAUCUGUGCUUCCAGACCAAGUGGGGACACUGCAGGAUGCAGUGCAGGACCUGAGGAAACAGCUUUGUCAAACUCAAACUGAAUUUGAAAAGCUUAAAAAUGAGAGCACACAAGAGCGAAAAGUUCACAGCAUUGUCCAAACCGAGAAUAAUGAGCUAAAGGAGAAGUUAAAAUUCUCUGAAGCUUUACUAAUGGAGUAUGAGCGAGAUCAAGAGGCUUGCAACAUCCUGCAGGUUGAGUAUAAGGAGAUGAAAGCAAAUCUGAUCCAGAGUGAGGAGUCCCUAAAGGUCUCCCUGGCUGAGGCAGAGGAGGAGCUUCAGAAGGCUACAGAGACCACUGCUCAGGUGGAAGCUGAGAAAUCUGAGUUGGCAGACCAAGUGAGGACUCUGCAGGACACAGUGCAGGACCUGAGGAAACUGUUGAUUCAGGCUAAUGAGAGCGCACAAGAGCGAGAGACUCACAGCAUUGUUCAGGCAGAGAAGUUAAAACUCUCUGAAGCUUUACUAAUGGAGUAUGAGAGAGACCGAGAGGCUUCCAACAUCCUGCAGGUUGAGUAUGAGGAGAUGAAGAAGACUCUGAUGCACAAUGAGGAGCAACUCAAGGUCUCCCUGGCUGAGGCAGAUGCGGAGCUUCAGAGGGCUACAGAGACCACUGCUCAGAUGAAAGCUGAGAAAUCUGAGCUCUCGGACCAAGUGGGGACACUGCAGGACACAGUGCAGGACCUGAAGAACCUGCUGUGUCAGACUCAAAUUGAAUGCGACGAGCUUAAAAAAAGCGCACAAGAGCGAGAGGCUCACAGCAUCGUCCAGGCAGAGAAUGAUGAGCUGAAGGAGAAGUUAAAACUCUCUGAAGCUUUACUAAUAGAGUAUGAGCGAGAUCGAGAGGCUUGGAACCUCCUGCAGGUUGAGUAUAAGGAGAUGAAGGCGACUCUGACGCAAAAUGAGGAGCAACUCAAGGUAAACUCUCAUCAUAUAAAACCUAAACACUAUCCCAAUAAGCCUUUAUUGUUGUACCUUCAGGUCUCACUGGCUAAGGCAGAGGAAAAGCACCGGAAGGCUAUGGAGACCAUUGCCCAGCUGAAAGCCCAGAAAUCUGACCUGGGAGACGAGGUGUGUACAUUACAAGAAACAGUAGAGAACAUGGGAACCUUGCUUUGUGAAUCUCAAAAAGACUGUGACAGGCUAACAGAUGAGUAUGAGCGAGAGCUAGAAGCUCGCAACCUCCUGCAGUUUGAGCAUGAAGAGGUAAAGGUAGCCAUGACGUACAGUGAGGAGGUACUGAAGGGCUCUCUGGCUGAGGCAGAGGCAAAAUAUCAUAAGGCUACGGAGACCAUUGCCCAACUGGAGGCUCAGAAAUCUGACCUGAGAGAUGAGGUGAAUACACUACAAGAAGCAUUGCAGAACAUGGGAACCUUGCUUCGUGAAGCAGACUGUGAUGAGCUAAGAGAUGAGAGUCAGGUCUCUAGGGCAGAACCUGAGAGGAACCACCAGAACAUUGAUGAGACCCUUGCUCGACUGGCUGCUGAGAAGUCUGACCUGGCAGACAAAAUAAAGAGACUACAAGACACAGUACAGAAACUGGGGAACCUGCUCUAUGAAGCUCACAGGGACCUUGAUGAGCAAGCAAAUAAAUAUGAGCAAGUGCAGGAGGCUCACAACAUCCUCCAGUCAAACUACAAUGAGCUGAAGGAGUCUCUGAAACACAAAGAGGAGUUACUGAAGAAACAUGGCGUAACUUUUGGAUCGAAGAAGACAACAGAUGUUCAAACAGGGGGCAGUGUGGACAUGAAUGGAUUUUCACUGGAAUCUAUGAUGAAUAUGCAGUAUAAGGAGUGAAAAUCCAAAGGACAAUGAUACUCUUUUCUUAUCUGACGAGCAGACCUGGUCUCAGUCACAUAUUUGUCUCCAUGGCAGAACUUGAGAAGGAUCACCAAAACACUGAUGAGACCAUUGCUUGACUGGCGUCUGAGAAGUCUGACUUGGAAGACCAAGUAAAGAGACUACAAGACACAGUGAAGAACCUAGAAGGAACUGUUUAUGAAGAUGAGAUGGGGUCAGUCAGACAGGUCCCACCACUGUGCCUGAGAAAGGAGAUGCUGUACUUGGGAAGGGAAGUGCUGUGCUUGGGACUGGAGGUGACAUGCUUUGGAUCAAUGGUGCAGUGCUUGGGACUGGAACUGCUGUAAUUUUAUAGUCAAGCCUUUUGGGUCUGUGAUGAAUUCAAUUCCCUUCCUUCACAAAUGGCAUCCUGUAAUCCAUUUUAUUUGUUCUGAAUUUCAUACCAUCUUUGGUAAUUAAAUGUGUAUGUUUGCCUUGUUAGGGGGAAAUCAUGAAAGGCUGCAGAAAAUGUCUGUUUAACUUUCCUCCUUUCUUCUGCUGACCUUUGAUGUUUAGAAUCAUUUGCCUAAGAUCAGAAGUGUGAGCUACUGUACAGGCCUGGAAAUGUGUUUGUUUAAAUAAUUAUUUAUUUAUUUAUCUUUAACGUUGUCCCUUAAGCCAUACAUAUUUUUCAUCACUGCCUUAAAUACAUAAAAAUAUAUAUUUUUUAUAAAAAAAAUUAUAUGAAAAUGUUUUUAAACAAUUCACAAAAAUGGUUUCAACAAUAUCAAGAAAAACAUUUAUCUCAGUAAAUAAACUGACACCAAAAAAAAUCAGGUUCUUCUUGGUGGUUUGUCCUUGUACAGUUUUCCAAGGGUUUACAUGUUUUUGUAAGUGUGGUUUUUUUUAUGGGACUUUCCACUUUCAGCAACACAAUGUUUGUUUUUUUUUCAGAAUACUGUACUGUUUAAUCUGCAGAAUAACAAUUUAUUUGAUGAUUUCACACCUGUUUGUUAUAGGAACUAGGACUGUUAUAAAUAUUUUAACGUAAUGGUAUUUCAGUUAAACUUUACUGUAAAACAGUAAAAACCUGGCAAAUGAUAUCUGGCAUCUUCUCUCUGCUACUCGCCCACCUACUUUACUAAAAUGAAAUUCUGUCAGCUUCUUCAGCACCUUUGGCAAUCUUUACUUUAAGCUGUUUUCAGUGCUCUUAUGGUGAACUCCAUUUAAAUACAAAUAGUAAUAAUUAAAUAUGUAUAUAAAUAAAUAAAUAAAUAAAGGUGGCAUGGUGGUGAAGUGGUUAGCACUGUCGCCUUG